CAAGCCGUCCAAAUGCAGACAGCACAACAGGUUUAAUGUUUUGUGGUACCACUGAUCCCCGCUGGCUCGCCGACGCACUGCCAGGCCAUUUAAGGUCACUGACAAUGUUGUUUAAUGCUUGAACAGGCUCCAGUUUGUGACCCUUAUUUCCAUAGAAUGGACAUUUUUUUUGCCGGACGCUUGAGAUACUCACAGCUCUACCCGGGUCCCUGUGACCGCAGCCGCCGACGCUAUCUGUUCGUAUGACUGACCCGUCUAUCCCGAACUGCCACCCUCACCUUUCUGCAAACGGCACGUGAUCGUCUUUUGGCAUCGAGUUAUCCACGUUCUGAGCGCUAUCAGAACCCAACUGAAGCAGCAACACUAUUUCCAGCAUCGCCGUUACCAUCAGUUCCUUUAAGGUCUUUCUGCCUCUUUGUACCGCUCGAUUGAAGGGGAAGUGCGGGCUUUCGACCGGUAGCUGACUAUUGGUUGCAGUAUUCUGGAAGGGUAUCGGGACCAUUGGACGUAGGUCCUGAGCGAUAUGAAUGACGCCCGAGUCAAGAAGAUUGCUGGCAGAACGAGAGCAACAACGGAGAAGGACUGAGCAGCUGUUGGAUAGCAUAAAUGUCGCUUACAAACAAAGCGAUUCAAGAGGGAACGAACGCAAAGCGUCGACGUACCAAUUCUUGUUGAUUGGGAUAGGCGAGGCCGAGUAGAAGCCGUUAUUCCAACACGUAAACGGCGCUACGACGGUGUCAGAAAUGACAAAGCUGCACCGUGUGAACGUACGUAACAGUACUCAUCGGAUGUCUUUCUAGCUCGUUCGUAACGACGCGUUACGUCAUGGACGGAUAAAGCAGAAGUCGGAUGAUAUGAAUCUCUUCAAGUAAACCACUGACGUCACCUCGGCAAAAAUGGCCGAACGGGCCUUGGUGAUUAUUUUGGUGUUAAACCUACUUUUUUGGCUAAUUAUCAUCGUAUGGCGGUUCUGCUAUAUACGAAACUUAAAUACGAUCAUCGAGCGCCGGAGAGCAGAAAUGCGCGGUCAGAUUAAUGAUGGACUACAGAGCGACAUGCAGGAAAAUCAAGAUAACUUGUUUUAUUCGCUGUCGCGUAGUGAUUUCCCCCCUUCAUACGAUGAUGCCAUCAAGUCACAUUUGAUUAUUUCAUCUGCCGGAUCUGGCCUAGCUCCUCAAUCGACACCGAAUCCAACUGCCUCCAAUCGCACCUCUGUUGUAAUGCAAGCCCUCGACAACAGUGGCGUGGUCAGGACAUCAGGACAAGUGCUGGCUUCUUACGCCACCCCCACUGUCCCUACGCUGUUGAACAAUAGUACUGUGACCAACAAUGCUGGACACUUCAGAACCGCCGCGACAGCUGGGCCCACCCAUAGUACUACUGAAAGGGGGCAAGCACACCCAUUACAGCGACAAAGAACACAACGUUAUCAAUCGAUCUCUCGACAACAAGGACCUCAGCAACAAUCCGAGCCUGAAAACGACUUUUUGUUAGAAGGGGUACAGCGACAGCAAGCAUCGUCGGUACUAACAGACUGCUCCAGCGGCAACCCAUCUACUUCAGCUCAAGAGCAUUUUUGUGCGGCGACAAACAGUUUGGACGAUACUAAAGCUAGUACUAAUUUUAACAACGAUAAUCAUGAUAAAGGUCAUUACCAUGAGAAUAGCAAUAACAGCUUCAAUAAGUGCGGCGGUGAAAUGAAAAAAUUCUCCCCGGUAUUGACGUCUGCCACAGCCAGCGUUGGCCCGGCUGACGCUGACACCUGUGAAAGUCAUCAUGUUAAAAGUUAUAACAGCAUGGCUUCGACUGAUGGCGAACACUUCGAAAAUUGUAAAUUCACGGGUUGUAGUGACAAUCGCCUUGGCGAAGCUAAUCACUAUACUGUAGAGAUGAGGGAGACAGCCUCAAUUGCUCUUACCGUCGCCGCUGCUGCCGCCGAGGAUGCAAUAACUGUUACCGUUGAAUCACACGAUGAAGACGCGUUGUCAGAUGCUGUUGUCGUAAAGGGCCGCGUAAACUGUGAUGAUGAGCCGUCGACGUCGUUUACAAGUGAAGUAACGUCAAAGUUACUUCAUGAAACAAUGGCUCCGCCUCCUUUGCCUACGUCUCCAAUACCUGACGCGUGAAUGAAUAGGUUUAUUUGGAAGGCUUUGAAUUUCUUUAGCUAAGGUUUAGAUAAGAAAUAGGAACGACAGAAAAGGUUUUCGGUAAUAUGGUAGCUCUUGGGUGAUAGGAUGCUGUAAUAAUACUUUCCGGAUGGCGGAAGAUGGCGUUGCUCGAUGAAUAGGUUACGUACGUUUCCUUCAUUUAUAGCCAGUUUGUUGAAAUUGUUUGUUUACUAGACCUCGAAAGAUAUAACGAGAUAGAUACCUGUCGAGAAGGGCAACAAAUGUCAUCUUUAAGCAAGUGGUACUUUGGUGAUACUGAUCUCUGCGUACAUUUCCCGUUGCAAACUAUUGUGCGCAUUGGAACAACAUGCGCUUUGAUGUCGUUUCUAUACACCGUAUUGACAUUGUAAAAGUUCUGAGGUGUUUCGACAGAGGGCGCUCUAGAACAUAAGAUGGCUAGGGCAUGCCUGGUCGACAACUACUACCUAUGACCAAAGAACAUUAAUAACUAUAUAGAGAACCAAUCAAAUUGAGUUUUACCAUUCAGUUAGUUUAUUAUGUUAGCCAGUUUGUUAUUUAUAAUAUACGAUAGGUGAAAUGAUGAUGUGAAGGUGUAGUACUACGGAUUGGACCGACAGAAAUGUAUUUCGACCAUUUCUAUAUUACAAUGAAUUAACAGAUACAGAGUAAAUGUGAAAUUUUAAAUGGAGGCGCCUGUUGGGCGACGAGUGCUGCGUCGAAGUAGCUUCAGGAUGGCCAACGAGACAGACAGAAGAACAUUUCGCCUAUCAGUUGAUUGCCAUCGCCUGUUCACUGAAAUGUACCUAUACCAGAUUGAUUGUUAUUUUGAUGAAUCAAGCCAAUUAUAGGUCCCAUGUCCUGAUUGUAAGCCGAUGGCAAAGAUGGUAUGAUGCUAUUUGGAAUGAGAAUAAUGUUUGUUGUCCUAUGAUCAUGUACACAUAGAAUAAUAUAUAUAUAUAUAUAUAUAUAUAUAUAUAAAUAUAUGCA